AUGCCGCCCAAAGCGCAGCCCAAAAACACGAAGGAGCAGCAGAAGAAGAUGCAAAAGAAGAUUGAGGACAUGACUUUCGGGUUGAAGAACAAGAAAGGUGCCAAGAUGCAGAAAUUCAUCAAGCAAUUGGAAAAUCAGGUAUCUUAGCGAAUAUUGUUUUUAUUGCUUGGUGUUUAGGUGAAACCCGGAGAUCCACGGGCUCAACAAAAGAAGAAGAAGGAAGAGGUCGAUGAUCUGAAGGAUUUGAGCAAGAUUUUCAAGCCAGUUCAGACCAUGCCAAAAAUUUCCGCAGGUGUGUCUAGUGUAACAUAAAAAUUCGUCUCGAAGCUUUGGUGUCAUCGCAAAAUCUUUGCAGAUGUGGAUCCAAAGUCUGUGCUAUGUGUCUUCUUCAAGCAAGGGAUGUGUACGAAGGGAAAGAAGUGCAAAUUCAGCCAUGAUUUGGCGGUUCAGCAGAAGACGGCCAAAAGAAAUCUGUACGUGGACAGUCGGGACAUAAAGAAGGACGAGGAGGAGGAGACCAACGAGAACUGGGAUGAAAAGCAGCUGAAUGAUGUUGCGGAGAAGAAGCACGGUGAGAAGGAUCGGAAACGGCCGAAUCAGACCUCGAUUGUUUGCAAAUACUUUUUGGAGGCCGUGGAAGAGGCCAAGUACGGAUGGUUCUGGGAGUGUCCGAAUGGAGAGAAAUGCAUCUACAGGCAUGCGCUGCCCGAAGGCUACAUCUUGAAGAAGGAUAGGAAAAAGAUGGAGGAGCAAAAGAGGCUGGAGCAGAUCAGUUUGGAGGAGCUUAUUGAGAAGGAGGUGGGUCAUGUGUAAUAUCGUAAUUUUUGCUAUUUUUUUGGUUUCAUUAGUUUUAUUAUGGUUUGAGCUCUACUUGGAUUAAUAGUGUCUCAAAUCGAGGCAAAUUUUUGUUAUUUCUUCCUUUUUUUGCCUAGUGUAAUAUAAUCAAUUUUUGAUUUGUGCGGUAUAAUAGAAAAUUUUGAUAUUUUCAUAAUCUCUGUGACUUAUAAAACAUGUUGGCUCUCCAUUUUUCCGGCAAACAAAGCUUCAUCGUCGAUUUUUUGAUCAAUUUUAGUCUAGUGUAAUAUAAAAAUUUUACAGUUGAUCGUCAAAAUUUGUUCUAGUUGAGACAUUUGAUCAUUCUCAAAAUAUUUUAACAGGUUUUAAAUUUUUUAGCGAGCUCAACUGGCCGGUAAAGCUCAAACUAAAGUUACGUUGGAGACCUUCAUUGCGUGGAAGAAGAAGAAGCUCCGUGAACGAAAAGAACAAGCCGCGGCAGAUGAGAAACGAAAGAAAGCCAACUUUAAGAGUGGGCAGAGGACUGGACUCAGUGGUCGCGAGCUCUUCACCUACGAUCCUCAAGCUGGUGGUGAUGAUGAUGAAGAUGCCGAGGAUGUGGCCAUCGAACGGGAAAAUGAAGUAAAUUUUAGUUUAAUUUAUAGUAAAUGACAUGAAAAUGGAAUAGAGGUAAUGAUUUUUUGUUUUCAGGACCCGAACGAGAAGGUAUUCGCCAUUGACGAAAGGACCUUCUACAAUAUUGGAGAGGAAGGCGCCUAUCUUGACGAUGACCUGGAUGAACCUCAAAGCUCCGAGAAGCCCAAAGAAGCCGAGAAAGAGGAGACGAAGCCCUUGGUGUUCGAUGAAAGCGUCUUCAACGCCGAAGAAGACCUCCCAAGCGAUUUGGAAGAGGAUGAGGACGAAGACGACGAUCAACCCGGCUCCAGUGGCCUCAAUGCCGACCCAGCAGACGCCAUAAAGGAUAAAUUGAAAAUAUAA